CUACCAACAAAGCUGCUUUUACUUCAUUCGUUUCAAGACAAGACUAGUCUCCCUCCUAAUUAACUGUACAUUUCACAGUCUUCACUGUAAUCACGACUGCUCAGUUUUAAAGCGAAACUAGCCUAGGUGGGGGUCAUUUCCCAAUGAAUCUUUGUAGUUACCAAAAAUUUAUAGGAAAAAGUAAAAAUAAAUAAAAAAGGGAAAAAGGGAAUCGGUCCUCCCUCUUUGUAAUUGUAAUACUACUGUAGUAAUAAUAUUAACAAGCUAGGAAGAAAAGGGUCGGACUCUAUUGAAGAAAGAUGAUCCAUCAUCUAUAGCCGUUAGAUUUCUCUGACAAGAAUUUAACUUGGGGUAGAUUUCAGAAUCGCUUAUUCCCUCUUAAAUACCCAUCUAUUCAACACUGUCCCACUCUUUCUUUUCUUCAACUUUGCUUCAUUUCUUUCUCUGAGACUGUGAACCACCUUCUUCCUCAUUUUUCUCCUCUUCCCAAGUUUUGCAAUUUAUUCUUCAGUGGGAUUUUAAGGAGUUGGAUUUGGUAUGGCAUUACUGCUUCUUUUGCUUCUGGUAAUAUCAGCUUCCUCUGCUUCUGCUGAUGAAGGUGAGGUUUCAAAUGUAGACCCUAAGACCAUUGCUGCUUGUUCUUUGUUCCUGCUUUGGAUGUAACUUUGAUUUAUCUGUUGAAUGUUAAGUGUUUCUCUUGAAUUCUUUUGAUUCUUCUAACUUCAUAGCUCUCGUAUGUGGUGUGGGGUGGUUGGUGUAAUCAAUGUCCAGUCAUUAAUGAGCUUAAAUACAGUUUCUCAUUUGCAUAUGAUGUCUUUCUGAGAUCCAAAUAGUUCCUACACUAUUUUGCAAUCUUCAUUGUGAAAGGGAUGUUUCUGUGAGUGCUUUAGGAUCAUAAAUAUUCAAAAGACAGUUUUUUUCAACUUGUCUGGAACUACCUUGAAGUUUAGCUGAUUGGCUCUUAAUGGUAGAUGGAAUACUUGGUGGGGCAGUAUUUCCCCUUAUGUUUUGUGGUUCGUAUUUAAAGAAUUGUCUUUUAUUGUUCAUCAUUACUGGAGACAAACCAUACGCGCCAAUUAUUGGAAUUUUAGUAACAUUCUCUGUGUGUGUUAUUUUGGUGUCACGCUAAACCUUGACAAUGUUUUCUUCAAAAAUUCUAACUUAAUUCCCAACUCAAUAUGGGAAACAGGAUUGACCAAACAAGGAAUCCCAAAAGAAUUAUAAGGAAGAAAAAAAGGUUCUUGAUUUUAUGUCACAUUACAUACUCUGUCAAAGUUGUAAAUUUGGAGUUCUUGCAAGUUUUUUAGAGCCUGAAAUAGUGUAGAGAAGUUUGGUGGAAUAGAAUUAUUUCACUGAUCAUAAUAAACUUACACUUGCAGAUAUGUGAGAAGAAAAUAUGCAUCAGUGCAGGCUAUCUAUUAUCCUGUGCUUACAACAGAAGAUCGCAUUCAUUAAGACUUCAAAGAAAAAUUAGACUUUUGCCCCUUCUGCAUAGCAGUUGGAAACUUAAAAAUUUGCUUUCAAACCGAGUUUGAUUGUCCACGAGUUACUUUAUGAGUAAAUUGAGUUCAUUGCCUGGGAGGUUGUCGUAUAUGCAGUUUGCAUUUUGUUUCCUCCAUAGACUGUUAAAUGCAUACAUGAUCCACAUACUCUACAAUAUACCUGAGGAAAGACUAUGCUUUGAUGUUUCAUUAUUCAUUUGUCUUGCAGAUGCAUUCAUUGGAGUGAAUAUAGGCACAGAUCUUUCUGACAUGCCACACCCAACACAAGUAGUAGCCCUUCUAAAAUCCCAGCAGAUCAAACAUGUUCGGCUGUAUAAUGCUGAUCGUGGCAUGCUUCUUGCUCUUGCCAAUACAGGAAUCAAAGUCGCUAUCUCUGUCCCUAACGAACAACUGCUUGGAAUUGGGCAAUCAAACGCAACUGCAGCUAAUUGGGUCUCACAAAAUGUUGUGGCACACUACCCCAGUACCAAUAUAACUACCAUUUGUGUUGGUUCAGAAGUUUUAACUUCUCUUCCAAACGCUGCACCUAUACUUGUCAAUGCCCUCAGGUUCAUCCAUUCAGCUCUUGUGGCCUCAAAUCUUGACAGGCAAAUCAAAGUGUCAACACCUCUCCCUUCCUCCAUUAUCCUCGAUCCCUUCCCCCCAUCUCAAGCCUUCUUUAACCACUCCCUGAAUCGCGUACUAGUCCCGAUGCUUAGCUUCCUGCAAUCCACAGGAUCAUCCUUCAUGCUGAAUGUUUACCCUUACUAUGAUUAUAUGCAAUCUAAUGGUGUCAUUCCUUUAGAUUAUGCACUCUUCAAGCCUCUGCCAGCAAACAGAGAAGUUGUCGAUGCUAACACACUGCUACACUACACCAAUGUGUUUGAUGCGGUUAUUGAUGCCGCGUACUUUGCAAUGGCCUCACUUAACUUCACCAACAUACCUGUUCUAGUGACAGAGUCAGGAUGGCCAUCAAAAGGUGACUCAAAAGAGCCGGAUGCCACAUUGGAGAAUGCCAAUACUUACAAUAGCAAUUUGAUAAGGCAUGUGCUAAAUCAUACAGGAACUCCCAAACAUCCUGGAAUCGCUGUUAGUACAUACAUUUAUGAGCUUUACAAUGAAGAUACAAGGCCUGGUCCACUGUCGGAGAAGAAUUGGGGACUGUUUGAUGCCAAUGGCGCUCCCAUAUAUGUUUUGCACAUAACAGACGCGGGAUCAGUGUUGGCAAAUGAUACCACAAACCAGACUUACUGUGCUGCAAAAGAUGGAGCAGAUGUCAAAUUGCUACAGGCAGCUCUUGAUUGGGCAUGCGGACCUGGGAAGGUGGAUUGCUCCCAACUUGCACAAGGACAACCAUGCUAUGAACCUGAUACUGUGGCGGAACAUGCAACUUAUGCGUUUGACGCUUAUUAUAAAAUGAACGGGAAGGAUCCAGAAGCUUGUGACUUCAAAGGAGUGGCUGCAAUCACCACUUCAAAUCCAAGUCAUGGAUCUUGUGUGUUUCUUGGAAGGUGCUACUUUGUUUAAAAAUAUAUUUUAUUUUUUUUAGAUUAUACGGUUGAUUAAUUUUACAAUAAUAAUGAAGAAAACAUGUGCACAACUUGUUUGUUCUGAUUUUUUUUUUUUUUUGAUGUGGAUAAAAGCAUUUACUCUUUGUCAUCACUAUAUACUCUUCCAGUCAUUAAGUUUAAAAUAACCACAGUCGAAUCAUUACUAAAUGAAGCUUUUCUGCUUUUCAAACUCUUGCAGUAGUGACAGGAAUGGCACCUUUCUGAAUAGCACAGCUCCAUCUGCAGAUUCUAAGAGUUCCAAUUCUCCCAUCAACCGAUUGCAUGGGAACUAUGGUUUCUCGACGUGCUUGAUGAUAAUGAUUGCUGUUGCUAGUGCACUAGUUUUGUAGCCUCAUAUGUGCCAACUGCAGAACCUUGCUAAUUAUUCGAAGAUCAUAGCAAAAUGGUGAUUGCAUGGACAGUUUUGGGCGUAUAUUGGUGCUCGUUAGGUUACUAGAUUCAAUUUCAACAUCAAACGUGAUGUAUCUUUUGGUAGAGGAGCCCUUUUGUGGUUCUUCCAAGUCUUUUCUUCUAAGGCAGUAGGAAUUUAUUUUAGGAAAUUUUUUCAUGUAGGAUAUGCGUUCAUUGAUCCAUAUUAGUGGCAGAAGGAGAAAUCCUUUCCAAUCUGUUUGUAUCAUUACGAAAUCACUCCAUUCAUUCUUGUUUUACUUUCCACUGGCAGAAUUUCACCGGAUGAUUUUGCUUCCAGCUGCAAAGUGAAUCAAAAGCACUAAAAAAUGAAAAAUGCAUGUUGUGCCC